CCCUCUACUUGGAUCCUGAACUUCGAAAUUUUCCGCGUGCAAUUUUGCCCCGUUCGAAAAUUCUGUCCAAAUUACCAGUUCAAUAUCCGCGAGAUCUUCUCCGCGACCGGAAAGAAAAUUCCAAAGAGCCAUGAAAUAAAGACCGCGCUGUUUUCCGACUCGAAUUUGACAUGGGAGAGGAGCAACAGCUUUUUCUGAUCGAGUUUUUGGUCGACAGAGUCAAGAUCCCUGUGAUCAGGGCGAUGCAGGACGAACCGCUGCCCGCCUGCACCUGCGUUUCCUUUCAGAUUCUCAGCCUGCCGGCGAUAGAUAUCUGCCAGGAGGCGUUAACGGAGUGCUGCGCUUGCGAAGACGGCGACACUCGGAUCUUCAAGAAGGGCAAGUCCUGUCUGUUCGCGUUGCCCUCGAUCGUCCUGCAAAAGCCGCUGACCACGUUCCCGAUCCAAAUGUCCGUCUACAAGAAGCUGCCGCCGGGAGUUUUGCCGGACGUGAUGGUUAUCGGCAGCCAUCGGAUCGAGGCUAGAGCCCUGAUGAACGCGGUGCUGAGCCAGCAGGUGUUCAAGAUCCCGAACCCCUGUCAGACGAUCAAGGACACGUUCAAGAUCUCGACGGCGACGGGCCAGUGCGUCGGCACGGUGACCGUGUACGCGAGGGCCUCCGGUUUCGGUCGGAAGAUCAUCACGCGGUUCCAGAUACCGCACAACAGGAAACCGUACCUGUUCAAGGGCGCCGAGGACAGCCCCGUUUUCCAGUGCAAAAAGAUACCGUCCGUCUGCUACGCGCCUGUCCCGGUCAAGUGUACCUGCGCGACGAAAGGCCACCACGACGGCGGCGGAGAGUCCUCGCCCUCGCCCUCGCGAAGGACCUGUUGCCCCGCGCCGGAACCCCCGUGCCCUCCGCCGCCUGCCAAGAUUCCGCAACCUUACUCGGGCCCGCGGCCGUGCUGCCCCUCCCGACAAGACCACCCUAGGAAAGCUUCGGGAAACUGUGUUCCCUGCUGCACCCCGCAGCCUGGGCAACUCGUGAAAUUAGGUCAGUCGGGCGCCGACAAGUGUCCUCCUUGUUGUUCGCCGCCGGCGAAAGCGUCUCAACCCUUCGGCGGUCCGUCGUCCAGAGAGCCUAGCACGAGGAAGUGCGGCUGUCCGGUGAAGGAUUAUAGCUGCAACUGCAAGCAGAAGUGAGAAAAACGUUGAACGCAAUUAAAAGCGGCCGGAAGCGGUGGUUGACGAGUCUCGGGGAAGACGUCGAUAUGCGGGGAACGUGAAAGAAAAGAACGAU